GACAGCAUGUGUCACUACGGCAGCUACUACGGAGGCCACGGCUACGGCCUUGGAGGCUUUGGUGGCCUGGGUUAUGGGUAUGGUUGUGGAUAUGGCUGUGGAUAUGGCAGAGGCUUGGGAUAUGGCAGCUUCCGCAGACUGACCGGUGGCUGUGGCUUUGGAGGCUAUGGAUACGGAUGUGGCUCUGGCUUUGGAGACUACGGAUACGGCUCCGACUACAGAAGCUAUGGAUAUGGAUGCUGCCGCCCAUCAUGCAGUGGAGAAUAUGGAAUCUCUGGAUUCUUCUGAAUAAAUACUUGAAAAUUUACAGUACCUGCCCUUGAUUCUUCUAGAAAACUUCAUUCCAUGGUCUGCAUGCUUUUCUCAUCUCGUCUUGAUAAAUGAACUUCUAUUUGGAUCGCCUGGUAUCUGAUAGUAAUGUGAAGAAAACCAGAUGAACUGGAUACUGACAUUUGAAUAGUGA